GCUUCAGGCCCAUCCAGCAUCCCCGACGAAGGGCGGUCCAUAGGGCGGAAGUCGGCGGCCAGCGCUAGCGCCAAUUUCCGGGGUCGAGGGCACCUCCUGGGCAUGCGCGCCAGCCGCUGCGGCUCCGUCCCCCGCGGCUCCCCAUGAGCGCCAGCAGCACCGGAGCCAUCACGGACACGGAGCCCGGCUCGGCCCCGCCGCCCCCCGGCGCCGCCCUGGCGCACCCCCCGCUCCUCGCCGGCGUGGCGGCCGCCGCUGCCGCCUCGGGAGACAGCGCCAAGGGCAGCCCGGGGGGGCCGGCGGCGGCAGCGGCAGCCGGAGCGGCAGGAGGAGGCGCGGCAGCCGCGGCGGGAGCGGCCGGUGCGCCUGCCGCCUCCGCCGCCGCCUCCGUGGCUUCCGCCGCCGCCGCCGCCGCCCUGGUGCAGCAGCAGCAGCAGCAGCCCGCGGAGGGUCCGGCGGUGCCCAACGGGGUGUUCGUGCCGCCCGGAGCGGGGGCUGCCAACGGGGACGCCAAGCCCGCCAGCGCCAGCGCCUCCUCCGCGCCCGCCGGCUCCAGCGCCCCGCUGGUCGACUUCCUCCUGCAGCUGGAAGACUACACGCCCACAAUCCCAGAUGCUGUGACUGGCUACUACCUGAACCGUUCGGGCUUUGAAGCGGCUGACCCACGCAUCAUCCGCCUGAUCUCCCUGGCUGCGCAGAAGUUCAUCUCGGACAUUGCGAACGAUGCCCUGCAGCACUGCAAGAUGAAAGGGACGGCCUCCGGGAGCUCCCGCAACAAAAGCAAACAGGACAAGAAGUACACGCUGACCAUGGAGGACUUGGCCCCAGCCCUGGCCGAGUACGGCAUCAACGUCAAGAAGCCCCACUACUUCACCUAGCCCGCUCUGGGCUGCCCCCUUCCGGACUGGGGCCCCAGGAGCGUGACCCGCGGAGCUGGCUGCUGUAACAUUAAAACUGCCCUUUGGGGGGCCUUUGAGUCUG